GAUUAAUGAUUAUUGAAGGACAACAUAUAUUGACGGCGGGAUAUCUCAUUGAAGCUGACUAUGGUGCGUGUUUCCUUGAAAAUAAUGAGGGAGUAUCUUCCUUCUUUAUGGCAGUAGAAGCUGGACAUGUAUCACUUGUGAAAUCAAUUUUGGGAAGCACAUGCAACGAUGACCUUGAAGGGAGGAAGUCUUACUUAAAUUCGAAACUGGAAGAUGUUCUCGAUGCUAUUUUUGAUGAAUAUCCAUUUCUUGAGGAUGAUUUAGAUGAAGAAGGAAGGACUUGUCUUUCCUUUGGAGCAUCCAUAGGCUUUUACGAAGGAGUUUGCAAGAUCUUAGACUGAUCAACAAAGAGCGUCUAUCUCUGCAACAAAGAUGGUUCCUUUCCAAUACAUACAGCUGCAGAGUACAGUCAUAUCAGGAUAGUCCAAGUAAUUCUUAAAUACUGUCCAGAUUCAAAGUAUCUACUCAACAGACUUGGCCAGGAUCUUCUGCAUAUUGCAGCAAAGCUCGGGGAGCGUAAGCAAAGCAAUGAUACAAGAUAUAUGGGAGUUGAGAAAGAUCAUGAUGGAAGAGUGUGUCUAUAUUUGUCUUUGAGAACAUAUGGAUUAAGUGUA